AUGGCCGCGAUCCACCGCAAUUGUUGUCUUUUCUGCAAGAAGAAACCUUGGGACGACGGCGAGUUGGAAAUGCUCGACUGGUACAGCGUGAACCUCGACGGCCGGCUGGACACGCGCAUCUGCUUCUUUCACAAUCAGAAACAGAUCCAAUGUCUACGAGAGGUGCGCGGUCAAGUUGCGCAGGAAUGCCAACGGCGGCGGCGGCGGAGGACUGCUGCGCCUGGUGAGCCUGUGGAGGAGCUGAAACGGAGGAUCUUUAUGGAUCAUUAUCGAGAGAUGCAAGGGGAUGAAAAGCGCGAGAGGUCUUGUGUUCUCAUGUGA